GCAGCGCAGCUGAUCGUUAAGCUUCGUUUGGAUCGAUUGAAAUUGAAAUUGAAAUUUCAUUUUCCUACUCGAUAGAUAUUUGUCGAUGGAGAGGGGAAAUGAUUGCUUCAUGGGCGAGCAGUCGUUGACCGCCAAGAACCGGGAGGCGUUUGACUUCAUACGCAAGAGGGGAGGGAACAUUCACCAAGCGGAAGCGGAAGCUGUUUCCGGUGAGUUUGAGGAGAAGGUUCGUGUCACUGGACCGCCCCAUGCGGCGGCGGAGCAUGGCGUGGAAGUGAAGAAGCUCAACCGCUCCACUAGCUCUUCUAGCAGCUCCAGUGAUGAAGAAACAGACGAAAAUGGAGAGAAGAAGAAGGAGAAGAAAGGGUUGAAGGACAAACUCAAGAAGAAGUUGUUGGGUGAGCCAAAAGAAGAGAAAAAAGAUGAAGUAGUAGUUGAAACCUCCAUUCCCGUGGAGAUUAUUGUGGAUGAUGAGGUGGAGGAUGAGAAGAAGCAUGGCUUCUUUGGCAAUAUAAAGAAUAAGCUCACCGGCGGCGGCCAUAAGGCCGAGGAAGUCCCGGAAGCGGCGGCGCACCACCAAGAUGCGGCGGUCAACAAACCAGGCUUCUUCGAUAAGAUUAAGGAAAAGAUCCAUGGACACCAUCCAAAGAUGGAAGAGGAAAAGGAGAAGGAAAAAUAGGCAUCUCAUAAUGUUAAUUGUCAUCAAUCAUGAUUGUGUUGUUUGUUUGAUGAUCACCCACAUUUAUAUUUCUUACUUUUAAUUUUGCUUGGUUUGUGCUAUGCUUUUUGUUUUCCUUCCUCUUCUUUCAUGUGUAUGUGUUUAUUAUUAUUACUCUAUGCUAGAGUAUAUAUGAAAUUUAUGUUUGUAUAUUGUGUUGGCCUUGAACUCUUAUAUACCAAGUACAUGCUUUUUACAUAAAUAAAAAUGUAAGGAGGUUGUUUAUUUGAUUAUCUCAUGACAAAGAAAACGAAGGAUGUUACAUUUUCAAAGUGUUUGCUAAUACAAAUGUUCCUCUUUUUUGUA